ACCAGCUAGUAGUACAAGAAGCAAUGUUGGAACGUGUAAUCGACUAUUGCCCACACAAACUGUAGAAGAAGCCGACCGCAGUCACAUCAUAUCUUCACCUCAACUAAAUUAACCGAAACUUUUCCAGCCAUAAAUUACCAUAAAGCCCCCUCCUCCCUUUUUAAUACCCCGAAAAGAAUGGCUCACUGGCCGAGACAAACUCCUCUCACCAGUCACCCACAACCACCGACCUGUCACGCUGAAACUCUCUGCCUCACGCCAAACUCCUCCUCAUAUCCCAUGCCGUGACUAACACACCAUCAUCGCAUUUAUGUCAUUUACCAUUUUGCCACUCCACCACUCUUCAUUACUAGUCUCACACUCACACGUUAAUUCGUUCAUUCAACUCAUCACCCGCUUUCUACGCUACCCUUCAUUUUCCCAAGAGAUUUUCCAUUUUUCUAUUAUUUUUCUUUUGCAAGGUUGGGGUUGAAGCAGUUUUCAGUGAAGUCUGAUUAUGAUGGACGAGCGGCGCCAUUCUGUUGAUAUACCGAUUUCUAAGACUCUUGUGGCAUUGAGGAGAGUGAGGUCAUUGAGGGAUCCAUCUACUAACUCUAUGAUCAAACGUUCUUCUUUGAUUGACAACUUACAUUGGGAUAACCGUUCCGGAAAUGGGAUUUCUCUGCUGUUUCCGGAGGAUGUUCAUGUUUGCGAUUCUGAUGAUAGUGUUGCUUUUAGAACAAGGAGUUCAGGUUUUAAGGAGCAAAGAGAGCUUGGUGCUAGUGGUUCAGAAUUGCAUCAUGGUCUGUUGAAUUCACGGAUGUAUCAACCAAGUGUUUAUGGAAAUAAAUCGCCUAAUGAAAGCUGUGGUAGUAACCACGGAGGGAAAGGAUUUGGUAUCAAUGAUUUUGAGGAUGGGGAAUUAAGCUUUAGAACAACGGGCAGAUCGUCUAAAUUAGGGAGAAUAGAUCGCUUUAAGUCGGCCAAAAAGCCCCCGCGCAAGAGUCAAGUUAAACCAUCUGAUGUGAUGGGAGAUACUGCUAGCCAUUUGAGCAGUCCGUGCCUUUCUGUUCGUGAUAGUUUAUUGCGCCAUGGUUCCUCGGGGUAUAUGGAUCAAGAUUUUGAUGUUCAAGAUAAUAGUGAUAGUGGAUGUGGAUUAAGUUAUUGUUGGUCAAAGUCACCAAGGUUUAUAGAGUCGGAUAUUUAUUGUGAGACAGAAGAUCGUCCCUUGAUAUUGCAUUGCGUGGAGGACAUGGAACUUCAUGAACGUAGAAGCACGAGACUUAGUGGUGGUGAAGUUAGUCCAAAUUUGGAAACACCUAGAAUGUUUUCAAUAAAAUUCAGGCCUAAAUUGUUUGGUGAUUUAGUGGGACAAGAUGUGGUUGUUAGGUCUCUUUUGGGUGCAAUCUCCAGUGGAAGGAUAACAUCAUUUUAUCUUUUCCAUGGUCCACGCGGUACUGGCAAGACAUCUGCGUCAAGAAUAUUUGCUUCUGCGCUGAAUUGCCUUGCUGUUGGGGAGCAAAGACCGUGUGGUCUGUGUAGAGAAUGUGUUCUAUUCUUUUCCGGAAGAAGUAAAGAUGUUAAGGUAGUGGAUUCUAUGAAAAUCAAUCAAACAGACCAGGUUAAAUCUCUUGUUAAGAGUGCGUGUUCUCCUCCAGUUUCGUCACGUUUUAAGAUUUUCAUUAUCGAUGAGUGCCAGUUAUUGAACGGGGAGACAUGGGCUUGCCUUUCAAAUAACCUAGAAAACAUUUCUCAACAUGUGGUUUUUAUGAUGAUCACUCCUGAUUUGGAUAAGCUUCCUCAAAGUGCAGUUUCCCGGGCUCAGAGGUAUUACUUUCCAAAGGUUAAAGACGCUGAUAUUACACGCCGAUUAGAAAGAAUAUGUGCAGAAGAAAGUCUUGAUUAUGAACAAGCUGCUUUAGACCUAAUUGCUGCAAAAUCCUCUGGUUCUGUUAGAGAUGCCGAAAUUAUGCUUGAUCAGCUAAGUUUGCUUGGAAAAAAGAUUAAAGUUUCCUUAGUUUAUGAGCUUACCGGGAUUGUUUCAGAUGAUGAAUUGUUUGAUUUGCUAGAUUUGGCCCUAUCACCUGACACUUCAAAUACAGUUAUAAGAGCUCGUGAGCUGAUGAGAUCGAGAAUAGAUCCUUCACAACUUGUGUCUCAGUUGGCAAAUCUCAUAAUGGACAUCCUUGCGGGGAAAUGUGAUUAUGAAGCCAGAAGUAGAUUUUCUAGUAGAUACACAUCGGAAGCAGACCUUCAGAAACUAAGCCAUGCGUUGAGAAUACUCUCCGAUGCCGAGAAGCAAUUAAGAAUUUCAAAAAAUCAAACAACGUGGUUCACUGUAGCUCUUCUACAGUUAAGCUCUAUUGAUUAUCCUUCCACAGAUGCAAAUGGUGCCAAGUUGCUUCUGAGAGGGCAGAGCUUGGAACACCUUUCUACAGGUGGUUGUGAAAACAAGUCAUUUAGAUUAGUGGCACACGAGGAUCACGAAGGAACACUGGAUUCCAUAUGGUAUAGAGCUACCGGGAUAUGCCAAUCUAGUCAGCUCAAAAAUUUUCUCAGAAAGAAGGGAAACUUGUCUUCACUUCAUGUUGAUCAAUCUACUUCAUGUCUUGCUAUUGCAGAGUUGGAGUUUGGCCAUCACCGCCAUGUAUCCAGGGCCGAGAAGUCAUGGAAAUUGAUAGCAAGUUCCUUGCAACGCAUAUUGGGUUGCAACAUUGAGUUGAGGAUCACUCAUGUACCUCAUACUUUUAAUUCACCAAAGAGGUUAUCUUUCAACAUCUUUAGUUGUGCGCGCAACAUACAAGAAAGUGAAAUAGACUAUGCUGAUCACACUUCUCAAAAAUCCAUGAUGAAGAAUACAACACUAUCUUCUUCCUCUGAUUGUGGAUCCCAGGAGGCACCACUAAAGUCUUAUGAAGGCAUGGAUGUCAUAACGACUCUGAGGAGUUGUGAAGGGAACUUGCUCUGCUCAAGAGAAAGAUUUUUGAAUCGGCCUUCUUCUCUAGAAACUCUGGGAGCAUCAUGUUCAAGAGUUGAUUCUUACAAUGAAGAGGGACACAAUGGUGCACAUUUAGUUCCAUAUGUUCCCAAUUCCGACAAUCAGUCUAACUGUUUUCCUCAAACUCUCUGGCUUCAAAAGAAGUCCCCAGCUUCACAUUCUUCCAAAUUGUCUUUUCAGGGUAUCUAGAAAUAGAAAGAUUUUGCUUUAUAUAUCCAGAGUUGUACAUGUUUUGAGACAUAUAUAUACCUAUGCUGAUUGAUACUGCAUUUUCUGCAGUAGCUUUAAAUGUUUGCAUUAUUAACACUAUGCCGACACUUGUGAUUAUUUUCAAUUUAUUUAUUUUUAUUCAAAUUAUUGGAGUUGUUGGACCACAAGUUCAUAACUUUUAUCAUGGAGAAAAAUGUAGCUGCCUAUGUGGUGUAUACAUAACUGUUGUUGAUGAACGUGCCUUCUUUGCCUGA